AUGACUUUGGGUUCCGAAUUGAAGGCUGAAGUAGAUGCUCCCGUUACCAAUGGCAAGCUCAAUGAGCAGGAACUAGGUCAGGAUUAUGAUAAUAACGAUUCGGGGCAUUCUUCAGUCAACACUCCAGAUACUGCGGAGCAAGGUUUUCAUUAGUAAAGUGAUCAUUUAAAAAUGAAUGCCCAUUUUCAGAGAAGAAUGACAAGCUAGUCAAGGUGACCAUCCAGCCAUCGUGCGGAGAGUCUUUCGAUCUUCAUGUACGUCCAUAAUCUAUACAUUCUCGCCUAAUUUGGUUUUUUUCAGCUCAGCGACAAUGAACUGGUUCAAGAACUCUACCAGACGUUGCUGGAUCGUGAGGCUACUUGUCACAGAACCUGCUUUUCGCUUUAUCUGAAUGGAACUCCCGUGGAUAACUAUUCCGAAGUUCGCGCUGUUCCUGGAUUUGUUGACGGGUGCACUCUGAAUGUCGUGGACGAGCCAUAUACUGUUCGUGACGCUCGACUUCAUCUCCGUCAGGUUCGCGAGCUUCUCAAGUUCGGAGUUGCUCCAGACCAUCACGAUCCUCCGUGCUCUAAUGAUGCGCAGUCGUACCUAACGACAAUCAACCUGCAACCGGACGAGAAAAAAGAGCCAAAGCAGUUUGAUAUUCUUCCGCCGGAGCACGUUCUUCCAGGAUGCAAAGAGCGCUCUCUCUCUCACUUGAUUGUUCCACAGCCAAAAGAUCUGGUUGCUCUGAAGGACAUUGCCUUCUCGCCGUUCAAUCCGCCACCGGGUCCACGCAAGCUGAAGGGAGAUGUUCUGUACAUCGACUUGAUCACUGUGGAGAAUCGCGUGUACCACGUCACUUGCUGUACACGUGGAUUCUACGUGAACAGCACGCAGGACGGAAAAUUCGAUCCUACUCAGUCCAAUUCCAACAAGACAAUCUACCAAAGUAUUAUCGAACUCCUUCAAAACGUCAGUCCCGGAUUCAAGAAGGCUUAUCCGCAAAUAUUGAAACGGCGACAGGACAAACCACUCGUCGAGCGUUUACCGACCAGCUACCCUGUCUCUUUGUGGGUCUCUAGUCCUUUAAAGGCGGAUGGAUACAACAGCGACUCAUUGAGAGCUAUUGAGCUCACUGAGCCUUUCCGUGUUGGAUUCGAGGAUCACAUGCCGGGACUUCUCCGUGAUUGGAACGAGGAGUUGCAGACGACGUUCGAAAUGUCCCGUAAAAGUGUUGCUGAGCGAGCAGUUCGCGAUCGCAGCUACUACAAGAUUCAUGCGGACUAUGUGAAUGCUGCUGCGAAGGGAGUUCAGGCGAUUCUCGACGGAAACAUACUGGCCAUAAAUCCAGGAGAGGACAAGAAGACGCAUAUGUACAUUUGGAAUAAUAUCUUCUUCAGUCUCGGAUUUGACGUGAGAGAUCACUACAAAGAACUCGGAGGAGAUGCCGCUGCUUUCGCAGCCACCUCUACCGAUCUUCAAGGAGUUCGUGCUUUUGCCACUUUGGAGGAUCCAAAGUUGAACACUCUUGGAAUGGCGAUCUUUGAUUACCGAGGAUACCGCGUUACUGCUCAAUCCAUUAUUCCUGGAAUCCUCGAGCGCGAGCAAGAACAAUCGGUUGUCUAUGGAUCGAUAGAUUUCGGAAGGACUGUAGUAUCGGAUGAGAAGUACCACGAGUUGCUCGAGGAGGCUGCUCAACAGCUUAAGAUGCUCCCCCACAAUGUGAUCAGUGUGAAAGACGGGGUCGAGGAGGAGUUGAAACUAUAUACCAGCUACGAAGCAAAGGGAAUCGUCGGAAACGACGGACGGAAGUACGUGCUCGAUCUGCUUCGGUCGAUGCCGCCAGAUGUGCACUAUCUCGAAGACGCGGAAGUGUCGGAGACUGCCAAGCAGCUCGGAUAUCCACGCCCGUUCCCACACAAGUUGUCGGCCCUCCGGCGUGAGCUGGUCGAUCUUUUCUGCGAGUCGAGACUGGUUUCUUUCAUCCGGAUGACGGCCAACAGAAUCCGCACUCUGAUCGCGGAAGCCAAGGAAGCAAAUGACGAAGAACUGAGCGCGAAAGCUGGUGAGUAACUUGUUACUAAAAUACCCAUUCAAUAACUAUUUCUGUUUUUUUAGCUGCUGCGGAGAGCGAGUUGUCUCGUGUGUUCAUGGCAAUCAGCGAGGACAAGGAGGUUGAGACGACAAAUCCAAUCGUUUUGGAGGCAAUCAAAGAGGCGUGUGCCGCAAUCAAUUCCCUUCGCGAUGAUAGCUACCUCAUCAAAUUCAAUCCUGAUUGCUUCUCUCCGAACAUCAGACAUGCUCCAUCUGAAAAUCUUGAGAAGCAGCGUCGUGUUGUGAUCGAUGCCGCCGAGUUCCUCUUGAACAGCCAGAUUCCUGAGCUCAUUCUGCAUUUCAAGGACUGCGUUCUGUUGCCAAUCGACGGAGAGAACCUUGCUGAGAUGAUGCACACUAAAGGAAUCAACAUCCGUUACCUGGGAGAGAUUGGAAAACGACUACAGAGUAGCACCUCGUUCGCGCGUGCGCUCGUUCUCUCUGAAGUUGUCGCUCGCUCUGCCAAGCAUGUUAUUCGCAAGAUCAACGUUCAAACGUCUGCUGACCAAUUGGCUGCCUGCACUUCACACAUUUUCAACUGCCUCUUCUCAGUGAUCGCUGAUCCGACCUCAACUGCUGUCAACGCUGCUGGAAAGAAAUCUGGCAAGAAGAAUGGAAAAAAGAGAAACGCCGGAGUGUGGUCCUCUUUGACAACUGCUUCCUUGUGGCAGAGUAUUUGCGAAGAGUCCGCGUACUACUACGGAUACCCAAUCGAGGCUGAAUCUUUGGACAAGUUCAUUGAAUAUUACGACAUUCAGAAGACUGCCCUCUUCCGUCGCAUUUGCCGAAUUAUGGGAGUCCAAGUUGUGGCCAAGGACUAUCAAUUGGACAACUCAUCUGGAAAAAAAUCGGCCAUCUUCUCGGAUGAUGACAUCGUGAACUUCUACCCAGUUAUUAAGCAUCAUCAGCCAUUCACUGCUGACGCCAAGAAGAUGUUCAUCCGCGGUCAGCAUGCCAUGUCUGUCGGAGCUUCUCGUGAGGCUUACGAGUGCAUCAGCGAGGCGAUCAGCUUGAUGACAGCUGUAUACGGAGUCAUGCACCCGGAUAUGCCACAAUGUCUGCGUGCUCUCGCUAGACUGUCUCAUGUCCUCGGAGAAACUGGUGAAGUUAGUAUAUUUUCAUAAAGUUGCCAACUGAUUAUCGUCUUGUUUAGGCUCUCAACCAUCAGCAUAAGGCUGCUGUUAUGAGUGAAAGAUUGAUCGGGUUGGACGCUGGUAACACGAUCAUCGAAUAUGUAAAUUAGAAUCUCGAGAGUUCAUUAGCUAACCGUUAAUUUUCAGAUAAACUUGGCUCACUUCGCUUUUGGAGCUCUUCUCAUUCCUGGCUCUCUUCGUCCACUGUACCGUGCUAGAUAUCUUCAGAAUCUUGUGUUUGGAGAGAAGCAUCCUAUAAUGGCUCAAAUUGAUGUAUUUGCACUAGUUUCACUUUCAAUUUUAUCCUCUGUUUUCAGGCCAACAUCGGAACUAUUCUGUUCACCAUCCAAGAGUUUGACACCGCUCUAAAGUUCUUGCAGUCGGCUGAUGCUAUCAGCAAGGCUAUUGGUGAGCCGAAGAAACUCAAGACUGGACUCAUCUCGAAUCUGAUCGCCCGUACUCAUGCUGCUCGUGGAGACUUCCGUGCUGCACUUGUCGCCGAGAAAGAGACGUUCGCCAUUUACUCCGAAGUGUAUGGACCGAACCAUCAGAGAGUCAAGGAAUCUGGAGAGUAUCUCCGCACGCUUACCCAGCAGGCCGUCUCUUUCCAGAAGAAGAUGAUGAAUCCGGGCGCGAACACCAACAUCACUGAUUUGUUCCAGGUGAGAGAGUUUAUUCCGACCAAAUUCCAUUCCAUUGGCUAUUUCUAGAUACAAACUCCUUCGGUCAGCUCAAUCUUCGAGAUUCUGAACAUUAUCAACGGAAUUUUAAUUAUUCCUCUUCCGGGACUUGCUAAUCUGGCAGCUAUCGAGAAGAUGCAGAACGAAGCAGUAGAAGAAAGCAAAUCUGCUGAGGUUGCUGCUCAAUUGAACAGUGAAACUCUCGACUAG